GAUACUCGUCACGGAGAAUUGCCGGACCUGCUCGGUCGCCUCACCUGCCACAGCAGCACUUGCUACAGCAGCACUUGCCCAAAGGAGAUGACGCAUGCCACCGAUGCUCCCUCAAGAGCAGCCGGCCGGACGAAGCCACUUUAUCCCAAACGCUCGAGGCUCCCGAGCCAGGCUCCCACGCCCAGCAAUCCGUGGACUUACGCAUCACUGCCUACCGCUUGGAUACCAUGGCCUUCACCAACGACCAGCUCGCUGUGUUCCAAGGCGUCGCCGUUGUGUCCGGAAGCCUCUCGGUCAUCGCGUGCUCAUGCACGCUGGUAUUCAUCGCUAUGCGGUGGAAGACGAUCAUGAACCGCUCGCUUCAUCGCUUUGGGUUUUUCGUCAUCGCAUGCGAUCUGGUGUGCUGCCUCAAUAUGGCAGUCGGAAACAUCCCAAUAGGCAUGCUCACAUCCACAGCGAUUCCUUGUCAUAUUCAAGCAUCGCUGAUUCAAUUUUCCUCUUCGGCGGGGACAUAUCUGCUGCUGUGCCUGGGAAUCCAGUCCUACCGGGUGAUAUUCUUGAACACGCCCAUCGAGGCGCUCCGACGGAGCGAAAAUUAUUAUCAUCUUGCGUCCUGGAUGGCGCCUUUGGCGACGUCUCUUGGACUUUUGUUGGCUGGAUCACCGCGCGGCACGCCGAUAUAUGGGUCGGCAACGCUGUGGUGCUGGAUUAGCUCCGCAUAUACGGAUUACAGAAUCAUAUUCCUCUACGGCGGCCUGUGGCUGAUCAUCAUCAUCAACCUCCAUAUCUACAUUGUCGUCGGACUGAUGCUCUAUUCAGGGCGACACGAUACCUCGUCGGAUCCUGUCCCGGCGGCCACACCGUCGUCUAUCGGGCAUGGCUAUAACGAUGUCUACGAGGCAUAUAUUGGCAACGAUGGCGAACACAUGAGCUCUGGGAUGAAGCACUACUCUAUAUGCUCCUCUCUGUACAUGGUGGCCUUUCUCAUCGCGUGGAUCCCUCCAACUAUCAAUCGAUUCCAGAAUCUAGCCGAUCCGGAGAAUCCUGUUUUCCUGCUUGUGGUACUGCAGGCGGCUUUCAAUCCGUCGUGUGGAUGGAUCAAAUGCUGCGUGCUCUUCUUUUAUGAGUAUUCGUGGAACCGGCGGCGGGCCGCCAAGUUUGAGAUUACCAACUCGCAGCUCUAUGUCGACCAGACAUACCCUAUAGACAAGUCCAACAUGUGCUAGCAUCCAGGCUCGUCCCAAACCUGUCAAGAUGGCACGGAAUGAACGGUGUCCGAGCCUCAGGCGGCAAUUUGGUAGAAGAAUGCUCAUCUAUGGUUAAGCUCAUCGAUAGCUCAUACUCGUCAAUCGGCGAAUUUAUGGGACCGCUGCAGAAACAGAGCGGAACAGAGCCGGUUGCGAGCCAGUCCAAAUCCCAUCGCAGCCACCACGACCUCGAGCCCAAUGAUCUACAGGCCGCAUGGUCUCGACCACGGAUUGAUGGCCGACUCGGUU